AUGGACAGACUGGAAGGAAUACAAGCAGCCCCUGGCGCAUUCACUCGGCUGGCUCUCCCCAACAAAAACCGACGAACGCCCAACAAAGAGAUCGUGGCGGCGUUGUGGUUCUUGAGUGUCAAGUUCUGCUCACGGCUUGGCUGCUUCAGAACGAAACAUAACGCCGUGCACUGCUUCCCAACGGCCUGCUCGGAGGAACGUCGGUUGGCUCUGGGCACAUCAACACGCAUGCCCGACUUUGGUAGUUUCAGAAGAGCGACCAAAUCGAUGCCGUCGGCUCUUACGUCUGUCAAAUUGAUAACCGCGUCGAACCGGUCCCGCGCGAAAUUUGCUGUUGACGGUCUUGGAGAGAUCCGAGGUAGGACCAGCGUCUUCGCAAAUGCGAAGACAUUGGUUGGUCACAUCUCUCUCAUUCAAACGCUAGAUCAGAGCCGAGAUAAAAUCGUAGCAACGAUACACCACCUUCAAAACCUUCUCAGUUCAACAAUGUUGAAUGAGGGCCCCGAGCGUGACGAACAAAGGCUACGAUUGCAGGAGGAUAUUCACGCCUCCAACCAGUGUUUGGAAGUCUGCAAAGAGGCAUCCAAGCAAGCCUCUCGUCAGAAGAUACACAUCGUUGGAGAAGUAGUUGCUGACGAUGACACCGAUCAAGUGGUUGUUACAACUCUUGCCGAUUUUUUGACGUUGGCAAAGUAUUGGCUAAAAGCGGAUCUGCACAAAUAUAUAGCAGUCGUUUUGGCACCGCAUCCAACUAUCCUGGCCGUGCACAAGUUCGCAGCACUGCCUUGCCAGCAAGUUGCACGAGCCAAGACGGCGACAACCAUACUCCAUACCUAUCGAACAAGGACAGACAAUCCCCAGAUGCGCAUUUGA